UUUUAGCUGCUGGGUGCUUUCUUGCCAUGGCGAGUGUUCACGAGAGUUUGUAUUUCAACCCCAUGAUGACAAACGGGGUCGUCCACGCUAACGUGUUUGGGAUAAAAGACUGGGUGACCCCCUAUAAAAUCGCCGUGCUGGUGCUCCUGGACGAAAUGAACUCCUCCAAGUGCAUUAGCCUCCUGGAGCGCAGACGUUUGAACAAACUCAUCUUGCCUCUCCAGCAGGGCCCAGACAUGACUCUUGCUCAGCUCUUGAAAACUGUGGAGGAGUGCUGUUCUCAGCUGGCAUAUGCUGUGAAGUUAAGGCUGCAUGUGAUGGCAGAAGGGGAAUUGAAGGAUAUGGAGUCUUUUUUUGAUACACUUCCUAAUCCUUUUAAUGAGAGGGAUUCAGAAGCCUACAAAACCAGUGUUGUUGGGCUGUUUGUGAGGCACAUGCUGUUGGCCUACAACAAGCUGUCUUUCAGCCAGGUGUACAAGCUGUACACCGCUCUGCAGCAGUACUACAGUCACUACUACCAGGGCGGGGAGGAGAAGUCGGGUCCUGCCUUUCAAACGGCUGAUGACACCGACAUGGACCUGACCAACCCCGAGGACACAGGGGGGAAGAUGGAGAAGGAGGAGCUGGACUCUUCACCUGGAGAUGAGAAUAUCCCCAGCAGAGGCCCACUUUCUCAGAAGCAGGCAGAGUACUUCCUUGCCAGACAGGCAUAUUUGUUGAAAAACGACGAAAACAAAGCUCUGGCACCAGCAGCUCUGCAGGAAGAGCUUAACAACAUGCUGAAGUUCAAUCCUGAUUUUGCCGAAGCGCACUAUCUGAGCUACCUGAACAGCAUGCGUGUCCAGGAUGUGUACAUCUCCACGCUCAGCCUCCUGCAUUACUUCGACCGGCUCAUCCUCGCGGGGGGAGAUGGCAAGAGCAGUGGGGACGAGGGCUGUGGCCGCAGCCUGCGCUACGCCGCCCUGAACCUCGCGGCCUUGCACUGCCGCUUCGGCCAUUAUCAACAGGCAGAACUGGCUCUGCAGGAGGCCAUCCGUAUUGCCCAGGAGUCGAAUGAUCACAUCUGCUUGCAGCACUGUCUGAGCUGGCUGUACCUGCUGGAGCAGAUGAAAGGGUCUGACAGCACUGCCCUAACAGAGGACUCCGUGAAAAUGGCAGUGCACUUCUGCUUACCGUAUUUGGCUUCACUUGGAAUUCAGUCUUUAGUACAGCAGGGGGCGAUCAGGGGUAAACCUGCCAAUAAGCUGAUGGAGGCUUUGAAGGACACUGACGUACUGCACUGGAAACACAGCCUUUCAGAGCUGAUCGACAUCAGCUUAGCUCAGAAGACAGCCAUCUGGAGACUGUAUGGAAAGAGCACCAUGGCUUUGCAAGAGGCGCAGCUGCUUCUGAACAUGAACAGCCUGGAGCCGGUGAACUUUGGGGUGCAGCAGAACAACACGGAGGCCUUUGCCGUGGCCCUGUGUCACCUGGCGGAGCUGCACGCCGAGCAGGGUCUGUUCGGCGCAGCUUCUGAAAUCCUGGAGCACUUGAAGGAAAGGUUCCCUCCUCACACUCAGCACGCCAAGCUGUGGAUGCUGUGUGACUUGAAGAUUCAGUUUGAGAGGGCCAUGAAUGAUGGGAAGCACCACUUUGCAGACUCCUUGGUGAUGGAAAUAGCUGCCCUGAAUGAGACCGAGGGUUUGUACAGGAAAGCGCUUGUGUUGAAGGCUCAAAACCAAACCACAGAGGCCUAUAAAAUUCUCCAGAGAUUGCUGCUUUACUGUGAGAAGACAAAGUGCACAGAAAUGGUCAUUAGGGUAAUGCUGUCGGUUGCCGAGCUGUACUGGCAGUCCUCCUGCUAUGCCACUGCCCUGCCUCUGCUCCUGCAGGCCCUGGCACUGGCCCGGCAGUACAACCUGCAGUACCUGGCCUCCGAGACCAUCCUCCACCUGGCUUUCUCGCAGCUCAUGCUUGGAAUUCCAGAGCAAGCUUUGAACAUCCUGCACAUGGCCAUAGAGCCCAUCCUGGCCCACGGAGCGGUGAUGGACAAGGGCCGGGCCAUGCUGUUGGUAGCCAAAUGCCAGAUUGCCAUUUCUGCUUCAGAGCCAGUGAAACAGAAAUCCCAAGCUCUGGAGGUGGCUAUUCAGAGCCUGGACGAAGCCCGGACGUAUUUUGUGAAAGUGGACUGCAAGGAGAGGCUGCGUGAUGUCUUUUACCUGCAAGCAAGGCUGUACAAUUCCUUAGGAAGGACUGCGGAGAGGAAUGAGUGUGCCAUGCAGUUCCGCCACCUGAACCAGGAGCUCCCCUCUCACGGAGUGCCUCUGAUCACCAGGCUGUGAGGAGCAGGUACUGCUUCUGAGGAACACACUGCCUCCAGUUAGCAAGGAGCCCAUGUCUUUAGUGUUAAUGACAGAGUUAUUAACCAGCUGACUGAGAAUAUUUCAACACAGCAGCUAACCUUUGAGGUGCCAAAGUACAUGGGAGUGAAUUACAGGACAGAAUUACAGAACGUCUUCAUUUUUUUUGUCACGUACCCUGCAUUUUCUUUAAUAAAAUGAAUUGGCAUAUGAGAUGUUUACACUUGAAGGGUUUUGUUAUUAGAAAAAUAAAGAUUUUAAAAACGUG